GGUAGAGGUAAACAUAAUUAACUUCCUAGUCGCUGGUAUCCUAAAUGGCUAUUCUAGUUACGCUCGGAUAGAUGCGGCACAUAUGAAUAGAUGAAACUAUUCAUAUUAUUAUGUGAAUUAAUUCAUCCUUUUAUUAUGUUUUGCUUCACUUUCCAUUAAACAGCUACCGUUGCGGUACAUUUAUACAAAAUUGGUUGUAAGAGCUUCGUUUCUCUUCUUCGUGUUCAUUCCAUUUAAAACGAUGAAAACGACGCGGCGACGCUCAUUUCCGAAAAAUAUUGAUUUUUAAAUUGAUUCGAAUUUUUUUCAUUUUAUUAAAAACAAAAAAAAUAUCAUAAUAAACUAUCUCUUAUCAGUAAAAUCAGGUAAUUCGAAAAUAACAAUUAUUUUUAUUACCAUAUCAAAGUAUCAGGUAUAAAAGAAAACGUUUUUUUUUUAUAUUAAAAGAUUCAGAAAAUAAUCAAUAUAGCUAAUGCUAUGCCCAAUGCUCUUAAUAUCUAAGCUGUCUAAAAACCACAGUGUCUUGAAAUGUUGACCGCGGCAACCCCGUUACUUCAUCCAAAUUCUGACCUCGGGGGGGAUAGGACGUGAGAGUGCAGAGGAGUCGCUUAGUGAGUAGGGCCCUAAAUUCCAUCUCUUGGGCCCGCAGUCCGCUCCCAACAUUUACGGGCCAGUCCCACAUACCCCGCCCGACCCCUAGAUGUAGGGACCUCGAAGAAGGUUCGGCCCCUGGACAAAAAAAAGUACUGGGAUUUAAGUGGUUCCGCUCAUCACUUUCGAUGUUCCGGCAAUUGAAAAAAGGCGCUUACAAGGAACAGAUGAUCCCACGAUACUCAAAUACUGUGUACAUCAUGUUUAUUGAGUAAAGGUAGUGAUAAAUACAUUUUUUUUCUUCUUGCCAAUAUAGUAUGAGAUCAUACUUCAGGUGCACAACUGUCUGCGAUAAAUAGUGUUUAAAUUCUUCGUUUAAGCCUUGACUUUUCAGUGCAAGCGCAUUAGAUGUAGAGGGUUGCUUUUUCAAAAGCAAGUUUAUAAAAUCCAAAUUAUUAUUUUCAUUUUAGUCCCUUUGUAAUAUUGUACUUUGGGAGAUGUUAAAGGAAAACGUCUUCUUGCGUGUAUUCCAUGUUUAAUAAUCAUCUUAAUCCUAGCUUACAAUUAUGAAGAAGCCUAUGUUUUUGAGUGGUCCGCCUUAUUAUGGGGACAUACGAGAUUACACCUAGUAAUUAUAAUAUAUACUAAAUGCUAUUAUGUCGAAUUCUUCACUAUUCAUUAUUGGAAGUUGUUGCUGUGAUUUAAUAUUUAAAAUUUAAGUAUUUAUCCUAUUUAUUACUCGAGAACAGGCUAAUUCUAAAAUGUUUCAUGUUUUUUACCAAAACAGAAAAAUACUGAUUCACUGAAUCGAUUUAGUACUCCAAAUCGACUUACAAAAUCGAGUUUUUGGCCCGACAAACAUCGAUUGAUCGAUCUCAGAUCGCCAUCCCUAUCUGUACUCUGUACUACUACAAGUACUACUCUGUAACUGUAAGUCUCUAUAAAUUGUUUUUUUCAUCUCAUCUCAUUUCAUUUUAUUUCAUCACAGGUGAUUAGUGUCUCAAAUUAAUCAUCUUCAUUUAAUUUCACUCUAUAUUAUCAUUUUUCAUAAAUAUAAGAUUAUAAAUUAAAAUAAGACAUGACCUAAAGGUCUUAGUUACCAGGUCAUAAAAUCAUUUAAAAAAAAAUGUUUUUUAUCUAUGAUAUUGAUUAGAUUUGAUUACAGUUUUUCCAAUUUUAAUAGUGCGUACUGCGUGAUACAAAGUGUAUAAAACUUACUACACAAAGAGCGCUACAAUAAAAAUGUUCGUAACACGCCAAAUUGCAUCUAGGUUCUUCCAACAAACAGUGCGUCGCUACCAUGGCGAAAGUCACUUCAAGCCCCCCACCAUGGAUGAAUUACCAGUGCCCAAAGGCUCAUGGCAGUCGCACCAUGAUGCCAACCAACGUCGCUUCAAUGCUGUGCUCCUCUUUGGAAUUGCAUUCACUGCUGCUACAUUCGUCGUUGCAAAAACAUCAGGACUGGUCUACCUCAACUACUCGCCUCCCAAGUCCCUGGAUUAAGCAUUCACUAAUAACAAAAGCUUGGAUUUAUGUUAAAUAGAAAUUAAAUAAAAUUUAGUUUUAUUUCUGA